AUGUCCGCGCUUUUCAAACGUUGUUGUAGCGUGUUUUCGAGAUCAACUGGUUCCUUCCACAAACAACUGUUGAAUUGGUCCUUUGUUUCAGUUGGCCUCAAGUGUAUAAAUAAUGGAUUAUCUUUACCAGUUGCAUCGAAAAACUGCUUUUCACCACUUGGGAUGUCUCCAACCGUUAAUCUAGCUACUUUGGCUCAAAUGGCCAUUUGUGGUCCAUUUCAAAAGAAGCGUCCCCCAAAUAAAGCGAUGAACGCGAAGCCAUUCAUAAAAGGGAUUGUGCUAAAAACUUUUAUACGUAAACCCAAGAAACCAAAUAGUGCGAACAGAAAAUGUCUCAUAUUCCUGGUGAAGGUCAUAAUUUACAGGAACAUAAUAUUAUUUUAGUUCGUGGUGGUCGCACACAAGACCUUAUCGGAGUGAAACAUAAAGUUGUACGUGGAGUACAUGACUGCGCACCUGUUCGGAAACCAGGUUCAAAAUAAAACUUUGUAGUAAUUUAAUCCAUGGAACUUCAACAGUGUUUAUUAAGAUAAUUCGAAUUUUAUAUUUAUGUUCUUAAUUUCUCACUGUCGCGAGGUGCUUUAGCAAGUCGUUCUGUAUUGUAAAAUAUCAUGUUUGGAAUCUUCAAUUUUUGACCCUGAAUAUAUUUUAAAAAAAUUUAAACCUUAGUCUCGCAAUGGUGGAAGACUUGUAGCUCAGAGUAAGGGUAACAGCUACUUAGCAUUCUUCAAGCCUUGGUAUUUGUAGAUUAAUACCGUCGAAGCUAUUUAGCCUGUUGAAAACCUAUAUUCAUAAAGCAAAAGUCGGAAGAAUUCAAGAAAUCCUCAUCAUUCUUCGAGACAUGUUUAUUCUGUUCGGAAGUAGUCAUUCAAUUUUCAUCACUAUUUUGCUUGUUUUUUAAUUCUACUCAGUACUAAGUGUCGAUAUCUUAUUCUAACAACGCAAUGCUAUAAUUGUUAGACCUUGAGCAUUAAUCUUUCGUGGUCUGGGGAAAGCGUAUUGUAUUUAGAUAGCAUAUAUGUAACUAACCUUUUUAGUCCGCUGCAAUUCACAGUAUUCGGUGAUCGGUUAUCAUGGUUCAAUAUGUGGGCCGGUAGAAUACAUGCUUCUCAACUUAGUUAAGCUAAAAUUCUCAAAUCUUCCCAAUAUUUUUUGGAAAAUUUAGAAAGGCUGAACUACUGUUUGACUCUCUAAUGGGUUUAUUGACUAUAACGCAAAUAAUGAUAAGGAUGAGUCUUAUCGAAUGAUCUUGUAGUUACUUCAUUGCAAAGCUAUGUUAAACUGCCUGUUUGUAAAGUGAUAAUUAUACUAUGUAUUGAUGCAUAUAAGCUUUACUGUAUGCACGUGAAAUAUAUGUUGUAAUCAGAAAGCAACGUAGUUGUGAAUGUUCCAACUCUGACUUUGAAGCACCUUUCAAAUGUGGAUGUGAAAGUCAUUUGAUGUUAGACCGGUCGUUGGGGAGUGUUCUAGGUAGAAGUAAACCACUGGAGAACUAACUAUUGUGUAGGGCAAGUCAAUAGUAUUGAAAAAUUUAGUAGUCUUACAGUGAAACUUUUGUACUGCUACUGAUAUUGCUAUUUGUUAUGACUGAGGAAAAAACUUCCAUUUGGUAUUCGUUACGUCAUAACAGGACGGAUAUGUUUCAAUUAAGGAAGAAAGUAGGACUGUAAAUGAAGAAUUAUUUGUACAUCAAUUACUGGUUCCACCAUUGACUUACAACCGAUUUUCAUCUGAUCAAACUGACAUCAGAAGUUAAAAGGAAAUUUGUAGCGUUUUUAAGUAUGUGAUCAAUGGGUAAAUUUGACCUCAUUGAACUGGAAGUGAUUGACAAAUAACUUAAUGCAUGUAUAUGAUUUGCCAAAUCAAUAACUGAUUUGACUAAAAAAAUGUAACUGAGUUGCAUUUUUACUUUCUCCUGCCAGAAAUUACCAAAUAAUAAGAUUGGUUUUGAACAAUAAUCUCUUUAUGAGUUAUUUUCUUUUAUUUAUUUAUUUGCUUGAACACAAAUAUUGAUGCAAAGGGCUACCAAAUACAUAUACACUACACAAGUCACUUGAUUUGUGUGUGGGCUGUGAUACUGCCCGGAUACCUAAACCGAAGCAGAUGAUUUCCUUAGGAGGUCACACCCGGAGCCUUCGACUUGAGGGUCUGAUCCACAAGGUAGUGGAGCAACGUCAGGAGAUGCAGUCCCAUGAUAGCCAGUGACCAACAAUUGGUACAUACGCUAUUUGUUCCUUCAGUAUAUUGGAGCCAACGUGGAUCAUUUUAUUUUGGAUCAGGGUUUUCCAACUCCCCUAGGUGGACUCAUAGUUUCCACCAAGCUGGUUAAAGCGCUGGACAUUCGCUUUUCAUCCUCUCAAUUUUGUAACAACACCGGUGCCGCGAGAAAGCAGUGUGUAGGGCUUCCCUGACAGUGACUGUAUACGCGUGGCCAUGUGAAAGUAUUUCGAGAGGAAGAGCUAACUCGCUCCACCCUCGUCCGUACCAUAGCAUUUGGUGGCAAGAUAUUAUUAGGAAAAUGUCCAAAUACUUGUUAUUUCGCUUCUAAAUUACUUAAUUAAUUCCUAUAUAUUUAUAUCGAUGGUCAGAUUUUGCAGCAACCGGCCUAUAAAUGGUUCAUUGUUGCUUACCGAACAUUAUUAUUUAUCAGGCCAUUUGUAAACAUAGGGAUUACUUUUUAUACAGGUUGAAAACUAAAUAAUUGAUGAAGAGCAAUGCCAACUUGGAUUACUAUUUCGAGGAUUAGAUAACUAUUAACAACUAAAUGCAUAAAGAUAAUAUUAAUAAAAUUUGUUUAGCCUCAGUUAUUGUAAUCUCAAUGACUACUUGACCAAAAGUAAAAGUUGUGAUGGGAUUUGUUUCGUACACGUCAGUUACUAGUAUUUUCUUUAUUUAAAAAUGGGGUUUAUUAUGAAAGACAUCCAUUUUGUCUGAAAAUGACCGGUGAUAUUAGCGGUGUAAGCUUUUAUUUGGCUAAACUUAAUUACCCAUAUUUGUUAAAAUGACCUGAUCAGUAUUAUGGUCAGUGGUAAAAUAGAGAAAUAGUGUUAAAAAACUACUAAGUAAUUUGCAUUCAGUGAAGAAUCUUAAGCUAUCAUGAGCUUUUGGGAUAGUUAACAAAUUGAGUACACUUUUUAAAAGCGGUGGUUUUAAACAUGUUUUUAGUAGAAAACUUUGAACUUACCAACUUGUUUCUUCAUCUGAGUGUAUUUUCAUCCUACUUUAUUGUAUUUCUUAUUAUGCUUUCGUCAAGAUAAACUUUUGAUUGAUAUCUAUUUUGAUAAAAUCUUUGUAAUGAACUUUCUGUAACUUCAUCACUUUCCCAUACUAUUAUUUAUAUAUUUUGUUCUGCUUAUCUGUACACUCGUUUUCACUGCUUGAUUUUUUAAUUGUAACUAAUUGACAACAAUAAAUAUCUG